AGCAGUGCGGGAAUCCAGCCUAUCGCGUGUGCACACUGAAUGCGAUGGUCCUGGUUAGAGUCCUGCUUCACGAGGGACACUUUUACACUGUUCCAAGCAAGGAAAAGGUUGAUCCCUGAAAUGAAGCAGACCCCGCAGACGCUCGCCGUGGAUUAAAACGGAAACUUUUACGAUGGAGAUGUGAAAGUAGCGCGACAAGCAGCACGCCAACGACCGUCGCCAGCGGACCUUGCACUGCAAAGCAACUCCUUGGAGAUGCACGGUCACUGCUGAAAAAUAUGCUCCAGCCAAGCCACCACCUCAGCCCCGGCGUCAGUCGCGAAUUUCCCGUGUUUUAAGCAGCUUUCUUAGACGUCCGCCUCCGCUCGCUGUUUUGACUGCCUACCCGUGAAGUUCGCCAUCCAGUCUUCUACCCACCUGCAGGAGAGAAUCAUGGCUGGAAAGCUGACUACGGCGCAAGGCACAGGAAUACUGCUAGUGACAGCCAACGUCGGAUCCCUGUUCGAGGAUCCUGAAAAUCUUCAGAAAACAUGGCUGAGGGAGUUUUACCAGACAGUUCAGUCACAUAAGCCUCAUUUCUUAGCUGUGCACUGUCAAGAAGUGGGUGGAAAGAAUUAUGCGGCUUCCAUGUCACACGUGGACAGUUUUGUCAAAGAGCUGUUGUCCAGUGAUGCCAUGAAGGAGUACAGCAGAGCUCGUGUCUACCUCGAUGAAAACUACAAGUCCCAGGAACAUUUCACAGCGCUGGGGAGUUUCUACUUCAUUCAUGAGUCUUUGAAAAACAUCCAGCAGUUUGAUUUCAAAGCAAAGAAAUAUAGGAAGGUGGUUGGGAAGGAAACCUGCUCCGAGACCUUAGAAAGCACACCCUCCCUGGAAAAAGAGAAGUUUCCACAGGACUACUUUCCUGAGUGCAAGUGGUCCAGAAAGGGAUUCAUCAGAACGCGAUGGGCCCUACCUGACUGUUGUUUUGACCUGGUAAACAUCCAUCUUUUCCACGAUGCUUCCAAUCUGGUGGCUUGGGAGAAGAGCCCCUCGGUCUACUCUGGAACCAGACAGAAGGCACUGGGCUACGUUUUAGACAGGAUCACGGACCAGCGAUUUGAAAGGGUGCCAUAUUUCGUCUUUGGGGAUUUUAACUUCAGGUUGGACUCAAAACAAGUUAUUGAGACUCUCUGUUCCACCGCCACCAUGCAGACAGUAAGAACCACGGACACCAAUGAAGUCGACAAGUUAAUAUUUAGAGAAAGUGACAAUGACAGAAAGGUCGUCCUUCAGCUUGAAAAGAAGCUUUUUAGUUAUGUCAACCAAGACGUUUUCCGUGAAAACAAUGGGACCUCGCUUUUAGAGUACGACAAAGAACUGUCAGUGUUCAAGGAUCGACUGCAUGAAUUGGAAAUAUCUUUCCCACCCAGUUACCCGUACAGCGAAGACAGCAGUCAGGGGAAGCAGUACAUGAACACCAGAUGCCCCGCCUGGUGCGACCGAAUCCUUAUGUCUUCAUCUGCCAGAGAUCUUGUCUCCAAGCCAGAAAAUGAGGAGAAGUCUCUACUCUAUGAUAAUAUCGGAGCCAAUGUCUGCAUGGGGGACCACAAGCCUGUCUUCCUGUCCUUCCGAAUAACAGCGGGGGCAGGUAAACGUAAUGCAAAUAAGCACAAGUGUUGUGUGGUGCAGUGAUGUCGUGGAAAUUGUUGCCAAAGGGGGGAGAAUAUAUUCUGUGAAGCGCCUCUGUGAGAACACAAGAAGAGGCACACACACACACACACACACACACACACGCACCCACACCCACACACGUUUGAACACAGCCACAUGCAAACACAUCCACGCACAUACACUUUGCACAGCCGUACACUAAAGAAGAAGAAGCUAUCCAAACUUUUCCAGCAGUGCUGAGCAGCCAUCCUCACAGCUCAUUCAGUUGAAAGCACGUCGUUUUCCCUCUCCAUAAAACACUUGUUGAAAAUGUGGACCGGCACCCGAGGGUGUGAGGGCCCCGCUCCAGACAAGACACACAUCGCUGACCUCACCGUUGCCACGCAACCUCACCAACCCACCCCCACCCCAAGCGCCCCUCAGAAAAAGAAAUAGAAGAGGAUGGACGGAUGGGACCGGCCUAAUUGUUGCCAGAACUCUAAUCGAAAAAAAUCGGUCGUGCUACACAUAAUUGCCUUUUUUUUUUUCCUUUGUCCACACAGUAUGUAAGAAGUUUUUAAGAAAAAAAAAGUGCAAUGCAAAAGACAUAUAUCUAUUUGAAUAAGUUAAUUUGUACGUUGGACAGUAUAACAUUAGGCGUGUUGCUGGUUUUAGUGAUCUUCGUUUCUUCGUUUGAAAUAACUUUUCAGUUUAUUUCAGCCGUCAAUAUAUAAAUAUAACGUGUGUGUGUGUGUGUGUGUGUGUGUGUGUGUGUGUGUGUGUGUGUGUGUGUGUGUGUGUGUGUGUGUGUUUCUGCCCGCUGCCAUACCUGACCACAUCAUUUGAGUCUUGUUUUAUAUACUGUACUUUUUAAAAGAGAGCUAAUUUAUAAUUCUUGUGUUUGGGAGAUCCUUGCAGCCACGGUGACCUUUGAGUAAUGACGAGAAAGUGUCCAGCCACAGUGAUUUAUUCCUCUCCAAGAAUGUUUUAAAGCAGUGCCAUAGACCUUUGCAAAGUGUAUAAGAUUUCAUAUAUAGCACUCUCACGUUAUUGCAUUAUCAUUCUUACUCUAAUUUAUUUCUCCUUAAUAAUAAUAUGAUUCUGAAUGUAAUAUUUUAGGUAUAGCCGUGGAUGUCCUUCUGUCAAUUUUGUUACUGCUGUUAUGGUGCCAAGUACACAGAAAUGAAGUGUGAAAAUGAUCAGGAUAUGUUUCCAAAAAAAAAAAAGAGGAGAGUAACUCUAAAUGCAAGAAAAGACCACGUAAAAGAAUUUGCUUUUAUUUGCAUUCCAUGUAGCCUGCAACAGUCUGUUGUGCAGAAAAAGGAAAAAAGCAUUUCUACGUGACUGGGAAAGGCUGUUUUGUUUUUAUGCUUUGGAUUUAUUACACUACACAUGUUAAGUCUUUAGAUUGAUCCUCUGUGAUUUUUGUUUUCAUUUAAAUCACUGCAAGUGGAAAAUAAUUUCGUGCCUGCUGCAUAAUUUGCGUUUUCUUUCUGUGUGAUUUGAACUGUUAGGCAAACAAGUAGGGACGGAGACAAAAAAAAGCAAAUUCCUGCUCGUUUUUUGUUCCUGCUGCUCAUUGUGAGUUUACUGUAGGGAUAUAAGCCGCAAUUUAACUUCACUCCAUUUUACAGUAUCAAAGCAAAUAGAGAUUUUAUUCCAGCCCCUGUGGAGCGCCUCGUGGCCUGCAGGUGAUGCAGUUGUCAAGCAAUAAACAACAUUAGAGCUCA